AUGGCUCUCACUUCUCGAGGAAAGAGCAUGAUAGCCAUUGUGUCGACGCUGGUUGGACUGUCGGUAAUCAGCGUCAUACUACGUGUCGUUGCUCGAAAAAAAAGAAGAGUCAAGCUUGGCGCCGAUGACUAUCUUUGCUUCCUAUCCAUUGUUAUGUUGAUUGCCAUGGAAAUCGAAUUGAUCCUUUGGGUUGCUAUCGGAGGAAACGGCCAGCAUCAAGCGGACUUGGAUAUGCAAACCAUGAUGAACUUUAGCAAGAUUUUCCUGGCCAACCAGUUCACAUACUUCGUCCUAUGUCCCGCCAUCAAGAUAUCCAUCAUCUGCUUCUACCGUCGGCUGUUCAACACAAGGAGAUUCCACCUCGUGACCCUUGCUCUCAGUUAUCUGAUUGCUGCCUGGGGAGCAGCCAUCUUCCUUGCAUGUGCUCUGCAGUGCCGUCCUCUCAGAGCCUACUGGGAUCGAAGAAUUGAUGGCCAUUGCUUCGAUGGAAACGAGUUUUUCAUUGUUAACCAGGCCUUUAACGUCGUCAUGGACUUCGUCAUCCUAGCCCUACCUGUCCCCAUGAUCUGGGGCCUGCAGAGAGCCUGGCAGGACAAACUCGCCUUGAACGGCGUUUUCGCUCUUGGUACGUUCGUCUGCUUCGCCAGUAUCUACCGCAUCGUCGUACUCUUCUGGAUCAAGCCCUACGAUACCACCUACACCGUCUACCAAGCCACUCUCUGGACGCACGUCGAGCCCUCCAUUGGUCUGAUCUGUUCUUGUCUACCCAUCAUCCGUGGCCUCUUCCCGAAGCUGAAAUUGGCCGGUAGCCGCAAGACCACCAUUCCUUACUACAUCAACACUGAUAUCAGUGGCUCGCAUUUUGCCAAGUCGAGCCCCAAGUCCCCUGCUUCUGCCUACUUCAAGAUGGAGGAGGGUCAUAUCUCCCGCGCAACCACUGACACUGAGGUCCCGCCGGAGAAUUACCUCAACCCCCACGAAAUCACUGUUCGUACCGAUAUCAAGAUCAGCCAGGACGCCGCGUCGCUCAAGUCUGCGACUUGA